UUUAAUGUUCCGGACACAAAGUAUAUCAAUCCCCGCACACCGCCAGCCAUUGUUGUGUACGUACCAUGGCCAGCUCAGCCCCCACGUCCACGGGCCUCGAGAGUCCGGAGGCGCUCGCGCGUCUGAACGCCGCCAUCAUGGGCGAGCGCAACCCUCGUGGUAUCCCGUCUGCUGUCUUCGUGGAUUCUGUGGACACCUUCAUGGAUGCAUGCGGCGUCAAAAACAUCGAGCCGCUCGUCGGGGCGCUGCAACAGAUGUACAGCAAGUACAAAUUCAUGGAGACGAGUCUCCAGAAGAACCGCGAGACGUUUAAGCGCAAGAUCCCGGAUACCCAGAAGGACUUGAACAUGGUGCGCCACCUUAUCGCCAAGCGGGACGAGGGCGAGACGCUGCAGACGCAGUUCAAUCUGUCCGACAAUGUGUACGCUAAGGCCUCAGUGGACUGCAGUGUGGGCAAGGUCUGCAUCUGGCUGGGAGCCCAGAUCAUGGUCGAGUAUCCGUACGAUGAGGCCCAGGAGCUGCUGGAAAAGAACGUGGCUACAGCCACAGAAAAGCUGGGCCAGAUUGAGGAAGAUCUGUCGUUCCUGCGCGACCAGAUCAUCACGACCGAAGUCAACAUUGCGCGCAUAUUUAACCACGACGUGCGCCGUCGCCGCCAGGAGAAGGACGACAAGUUGGUCGCUGAGCUUGAAGCCAAGUGAGACAACAGGUUUAUGUGCGUUAGCUGCAACAGUAGUGCAAUUGGUAGCCGUUUUUCAAAGCACGACUCCUGUUCACCUGAGCCUCACUAGCUGUUUGUUUGUUUGCUGGAGAUUCUGACAUCGAAUUCGCUUGAUGAGCUGCCUGUUGCAGGGUUGUAUGUUAAUCGCUUAGGCACUGGAUACCUGCGACGGAAACGGCAGUGGAUCAUCGCUACUAAACCAAGC